GGCGGCCAAUCGGCGAGCCCCGGGGCGUGGCGAGCGCAGCCACACGUUACUUCCGUCAAUAGCCCCGCGGCCUGGGCCGAGCGCGCGGGCGGGCGUGGGGCCGGUUGUGCGCGGCGGGGAGCGGCGCUGCCCUGAGAGAAACCAUGCCAUUUUUGGGCCAAGACUGGAGAUCCCCUGGAUGGAGAUGGAUUAAAACAGAAGAUGGGUGGAAACGAUGUGAACCCUUCAGUCACACGCUUCAGGAUGGGAAUAAUCAGCUGAAUGAUAUCAGUCACACUGUAGUCUGGCUACUGUGGAUACAAAAGAUUAUGCUUGUCUGGAAGAGUGUUCACAUCAUAACUGGUGAUGAUGAGGAUGAAGAAAUAUACAGUACUGAAGAUUGUGAGUUUGCAGCCAAGAAAAGGAAAAAAGAUCAUUUUAGGAGUAACACAGAUUCACAGUGUUUUUAUCGUGAAAAAUGGAUUUAUGUUCAUAAAGAAAGCACCAGGGAAAGACAUGGCUAUUGCACUUUGGGAGAAGCUUUUAACCGCUUAGACUUUUCAAGUGCAAUUCAGGACAUCAGAAGGUUCAAUUAUGUGGUCAAACUUUUGCAGUUAAUUGCAAAAUCCCAGUUAACUUCACUGAGUGGUGCAGCGCAAAAGAACUACUUUAACAUUUUGGACAAAAUUGUGCGGAAGGUCAUGGAAGACCAAUAUAAUCCACGAUUAAUCAAAGAUCUUCUACAGGAUCUGAGUUCUACUCUCUGUAUACUGAUUAGGGGAGUAGGAAAAUCUGUGUUGGUAGGGAACAUCAAUAUUUGGAUUUGUCGAUUAGAAACUAUCCUUCUGUGGCAACAACAACUAAAAAACCUUCAGAUGAACAAGCAAGUCAACAAUGGUCUUACGCUUAGCGAUCUCCCUCUCCAUAUGCUGAACAACAUCUUAUACAGGUUCUCUGAUGGCUGGGACAUUAUUACUCUGGGUCAAGUGACCCCAACUUUGUACAUGCUUAGUGAAGACAGACAGUUGUGGAAAAAACUCUGCCAGUAUCAUUUUGCAGAAAAGCAGUUUUGUAGGCAUUUGAUUCCAUCAGAGAAAGGUCACAUUGACUGGAAGCUGAUGUACUUUGCGCUUCAGAAAUACUACCCAAUAAAGGAACAGUACGGGGAUACCUUGCAUUUCUGUCGACACUGCAGUAUUCUGUUUUGGAAGGACUACCACCUUGCUUUGUUACUCAAGGAUACAGGACACCCCUGCACAGCCAGUGAUCCGAACACCUGUCUCAUGCCAGUAUCUCCUCAGCAUUUCAUAGAUCUCUUCAAAUUUUGAGAUGUUCGGUAGCUGUUCUGUGUUUGUGGCCAUUUUUGUGAAGAGUCAGGCAGGAUAUACUAUGCCAUGUGUGCAAUAUAUUUAAGUGUAAUGUUUUGUUGUAGCUUAAAAAAAAUAAGAUGGGGGAGAUUAUCAGUCGGGUUUAUUUGGUGUCUUGUUUUUGUGCAGAGAAGAGCUGAGGGGGAGACAUCUUUCUUUGUCAGGAAAUCUGCAGUGGGCUUUUUCCAAGUCCAAGACAGACCAUUUUAAUCUCAACUUUAAAUCCAUUCUUUUGACGCCUUAAUAGUUGGUUAAAAUUAUGUGGGGGAGUUGUGAAAAUCUGGGGAGAGUUAAACUACUCUUACUGAGACCAAAGGAGGGGCUUUUUUAUUGUUUUAAUCCUUUAAGCCACUGUUUUCAAAACACCUCCAUAUAAUUUGCACUAUUAGAAAGAACAGGCCAAUAUUCUCUUGGACUCUUAAUACAUCAGUUACCAAGGUGGCAUUAAUCAUUGUGAGCUAGUAAAUAAAUAUAGCUGUGGCUUUACCUGUUGUUGAAACUAUGAAUGAAUGAAAUCAACCGAUCUUGGUACAUAAUUAUGCAAAAAUAUUUAUUUUUCUUAAGGACUUCUUUAAAUAUAUAACCUAUCUUGGCACAUUCCUGCAUAACUCAAGAGACAAAUCUGGGGCUACUGGGAAGUGCACUUUUUUUUUUUAUGGUAGCUACAGUUUACAUUUAUAGUUUGGUAUGUCUACACAUACAACUGGAUCAAUUAAUCUUCUAAGAAGACUACAUUAUUGAAAUGUAAUGAGAAUGGAGUUGCUUGUUUCCAGACUGGUACAGUGGCAGGAGAUUAUAUUACCAACCGAGGUUCUAACCUGACAAGUCUUUACAAGUUAUGGGAAACCCUGAAAGUCGGUCUGAGCUGAAGCACCUUCUGUCAAGGUAAUCAGAUGAUAAAUUCUCCAGGAAGCUAUUUUCUUCUAUUCUGGAGAACAAAAUUAAUUGUUUGGCUUAGGCAGGUAAAGGAAAAAUUAGGGAAGUUCUGGGUUUGUCAAUGAAAUUUAACAAAUAUGUAAUGUACUAUAUUCUGCACUUGCUUGUUCUGAAUCUAGUUUUGUACAGCGUAAUAAAUCAUGGUUUUUAUCUAUUA